AUGCCGCCCAAGCGGUAUAUCGAGACCACGACAAGCGGCAAGCGCCCCUCGCGCCCUUCGAAGCGCUAUCGCCGCGCACUCGACAUUGGCGCUCCGUCCGACGCCGACAACUCGCCUCGCAUUGUCCAGGCCCAGGCGCUGGCUGAGCGGGCUGGAGGAGGGGCAUCGUACCUAGCCACGAGGCCGGAGAAGCGCGGCGUGCGUUCGUUGAGGGAGACUGCCUUGCAGGUCGCGGCGGAGGGACUGUAUCAAACGGUGCGGCUGCCGUCGAAGGAGGCGGGCGAGAACAGGGCGGGAACGACGUCGAACGUGGGAUGGAACCCAGAUCGAGAUCCUGCGCAUGCGGAGGAGAACAGACAGCUACGGCACUUCAUCGAGACCCUCCCCGUCGAUGUUGCGAACCGACUCCUUCGACUCGUCCUCGACCACGCAUCCGAAUCGAGCUUCGACGGUCCGUCAGACCCAGGCGUCGCGGUCCUUUCACUCGCGACACUUUUCUUCCAUCCGGCGACAACCCGAGUCUCGCUCGCGGGUCUUGCAGCUCCGGUCGUCCUCGUCGCGCGUCUACCACAAUGCACCUCGCUCACCGACCUCGACUUGAGCGGCCACAUAGCGCUACGAGACGCGCCUCUCGCCAAAGUUCUCGCUCAGCUUCCCAAACUCGAACGAAUCAACUUGAAGGGCUGCACGAAAGUCGGCGACGCUUCGAUGAUCGCCUUGUCGAAGGCGACGGAGGACAGGCUCAAGGUCGUCAACCUGAGCUUGACUGCCGUGACGGUGAAGGGUCUGACCUCCCUGCUCGCGCGAUGCCGAAGCCUCGAGGUUCUCAAGCUGGCGAAUGUUGCUGGACUGAACGAGAAGAACGUUGCGAAGCUUGUGGCGGAUGCGACUGAUGCUGCUCUCGGCUGGCGACAUGUCCCACUCUCUCGCCUUCGAACGCUGAAGGUCCGGUCCACCGAGAUCACCGACGCAUCUCUCGGCCGUCUUCUGUCACUUUGCGCCGCUUCCCUUGAACGCCUCGACAUCUCCUAUACUCCGCUAAAGACGCUCGACUUCGUCUCUUCUGCCCUACAUACACUACAAGAGUGGCGACUCGUCAAGCUCGUUGCUUCGGGACUCCCUUUGGCCGCUGCAACCCUCGAAGGCUUCUUCCGCCCUCUCUCGGAGCGACCGGACGACGAGCGGCGUCGCUUCCGUACUCUGAAGCUCGGCGCCAUGCCGGCGCUCUCGACGAAGGUGCCUGGCCUAACCGAUGCCGUCCUCACGAAGCUCAUGCCGUACCUCGAGAAGCUCGACGGGCUCGACACGGUAUCGCUCUUCCAGAACUGGUCGCUCGGCAAGCUUGAGCAACCUCUCGCCCGCUUCAUCGAGGUCAUUGGCAGGCGUUGUACUUACCUCGACCUCACUCUCCCCGUCGAGGACUACCACCUCGAAGCGCUUCUUCCGCCACUCGACUUCGAGCAUACCGACGGCCCUGAACCCUCCCAACCUUACGAACCGCCUCGCCUGCGCACUCUCGUCCUCGACUCAUCCCGCAUUACCGACAACUCGGCUGGCGCGAUCAGCGCGUGCCAUGAACUGCGGGCUUUGCACGUCGCAGAGACUAGAAUCUCCACCAAGUUUCUCGCGACCGUCCUCUCCUCCUGUCCGCAUCUCUCCGUCCUCAACCUCACCUCCUGUCGCGGCGUCCCCGUCAUCCAGCGACGCAACUUCUUCGAAGCCUGGGAGAAGGGCGAAGUCUCGGCAGCGUAG